UCUGCCAGACUAUUAUUGAUUAUGAUUAGAGAAAUCGAGUAAAUUAAUGUGAAUUCUAGUAACACUUACACAAGUUUUGGAAGAUACGUAUUCUGGCAGGACGUAUUUCUUUGUUUCUGGGAUAUCAUCUAAUAAAUUGCCACAAUGACAAUGGGCGAUGAACUGCCUGUCACUUCAUUGGUUUUACCAGUUCUCAUACGUCCUGUGUUGACUCAAUUAGAGAAGUAUGAUUUAGGGGCAUCACAAACCCUUCGAGCAGCACUUACAAAGGCAGAAUCUGCUGUGCCAGGACUGAACUAUGAUUUGGUUGCUGGUAUUAUGCGGCGUGCUGACAUUCCGGUCAACAUGAAUGAAAGUCUGCUUCGUCUCCAAGGAACUUUGACUGAUGCUGAAUGUGCUGAUCUAAGGUUGAACAGGUCUGAAGAAGCAUUCCAAGAACUUAAUAAAAAGUCUGCUGCACUGAAGAAGAUACUGAGCCGCAUUCCGGAUGAAAUCACUGACAGAAAAACUUUCCUUGAAACUAUUAAAGAAAUAGCUUCAGCAAUAAAGAAGUUACUGGAUGCCGUUAAUGAAGUGUCUACCUACACGCCAGGACCAGGCAAACAGGUGUUGGAGCAAAGGAAAAGGGAAUUUGUUAAAUAUUCAAAGAGGUUUUCAAACACAUUGAAAGAGUAUUUUAAGGAAGGACAAGCAAAUGCAGUGUUUGUGAGCGCGCUAUACUUGAUCCACCAAACUAACCAGAUCCUGUACACUGUGAAGAGCAAGUCCGAAUAAAACAACUAGCUGGGGCAAUGUAUAGGUACCUUAAAAUCAUUCAUUAAUAUGAUUUCAUAUUAUUCUUUAUUAUUAACAAACUGUUAUAUCCAAUUACCAAGUAAAGUUUGCUAUAAAAGAAUACACAUUUUUAAGUA